CUCGUAGCCUCACAUAGGUCACAACGCUUCAUCGGAUCUGCCUAGAAUUUUUUUGCGUAACUAGCAAUGAGUCGGACUGGUGAUUCAAGUGUAACUUCAAACGUGCAGCCUGUAAGAACAAACACACAUAGUGCAGCUAUGUCAUUCCUUCUGGAAGUGCGAGAGACGUUUCGUGAUCAAAGGGACAAAUUUGAAACCUUCCUCAAGAUAGUGAAAGAGUGGAGUAAAGGGAUGAGAGACAGGCCUAAUUAUGCUACUUUGGUUGCUCGAGUGAAGCAGUUGUUUAAUGGACACAAUAACUUAAUCAUCGGAUUUAACACCUUUUUGCUACCUGAGUAUCAAAUACCUCUUGAGGAUGCAGAUGACAGUGAGGAAGAAUGCUCAGUUAUAUCCACCGCAAGGGACUAUUGAAAUUUCUGGUCAUGCAAGGGCACAUAUGCAUACUUGCUUUUUCACAAAUGGCGACACCAAAAAUCUUUAAAUUACUCUCUCUCUAUAUAUAUAUAUAUAUCUCUCUCUCUAUUCCGUUCUUGAUGGUUUUAUCGAGUAUGUUGUUGCUUAA